AUGCAGAAGUCCAAUAGGCUGCAGACAGCCUUUGCCGAGAAUAAAGGCCCCAGCUAUGGGAUCUGGCAGAUGAUGCCAGGGACCAACGUCUCGAGGGCCCUGGCAAGGGCGAAUCCAGAUUGGAUCAUGGUCGAUUGUGAGCAUGGGAAUAUCGACGAUGCCGCCAUGCACGAAGCUAUCCCGGCUAUCGCAGCCUGCGGCGUGUCUCCAUGUGUCAGAAUUCCAGACACGCAGUCAUGGAUGAUCAAGCGCGCGCUUGACGCUGGUGCACAUGGGAUCCUGGUGCCGCUCAUCAGAAGCGUAGAUGAGGUCAAGCAGGUCGUAGCCUCGGCCAAGUUUCCACCGCAAGGCCGACGAGGCUUCGGCUCGCCCAUCGCUAUGCAGAACUUCUCGCCCAUACCUUCUUUCACCGAGUAUCUCCAGCAAGCCAACGAUGCCAUACUGACAAUGGUACAAAUUGAGACCAAGGAAGCUUUGGAGGCGGUGGAGGAGAUCGCGCCGCUCGUUGAUGUUCUCUUCAUCGGCCCCUUCGAUCUCGGCAACAACAUUGGCUAUCCCAUCAUCAACGGCGACGUGAAGCCCGAGCUCAAGUCAGCCAUUGCGAGAAUACUGAAGGCCACAAAGGCUGCUGGGAAGAAGUGCGGCAUGUACGCCUCAAGUGCCGAGGAGGCAGCUGCGUAUGGCAAGCAAGGUUUCGAUAUGAUCAAUGUCGGCACCGACCUUACAACGCUCGAAUUUAUCAUGAAACAGUCCAUGGCCGUUGCGUUAGGAUCGACGGGACCGGAGAAGGGCAAAGGUUACGGAUCGUAG